GAAAUCCAUAGUCGGUGCUGCGUUGAGCUAAUGUGGCUAGCUAACAGAGGGCGUAACGUUAAUAGCUACACAUCCAGCAGCUAUGGUUUAUCAGAGGCACACAACCAACAAAAGACAGGCCACGAAUAUAAAUAAGACCAUUCGCGUCUGAGCAGCAAGGAGUUCAUUAAUUUCUUGUUAACCCGAGAGUCCGUUUGUGACAAGACACUGGAAUAAGGAGACACUGAACAGGAUGUUGGUUUGACAACAUACUUUUGAAAUUGUUAUUGGAGGCUAACUUAAGCAUAAAAUAUCUGUCGCUGCAGCGCCUCGGGCACCAAGAGGAAUAUUUAGAAUAAUCAUGACCCCCCCACGAGUCAGACGUGAGCACCAUCUCUCCAGAGCUGCCGGCAAUGUUCGACGGCAUGAAGCUGGCGGCGGUGGCCACGGUCCUCUACAUCAUCGUCCGCUGCUUGAACCUCAAGAGCCCCACUGCUCCCCCGGACCUCACCUACCAGGACACGCCCCUCAACCGCUUCCUUCUCAAGUCCUGUCCUCAGCUGACCAAAGAGUACAUUCCUCCCUUACUGUGGGGUAAAAGCGGCCACCUCCAAACGGCACUGUAUGGUAAACUUGGCCGGGUGAACUCACCUCACCCCAGUGGAGUCAGGAAGUACUUACCCAUGCAGGACGGGGCCACUGCGACCUUUGACCUCUUUGAGCCACAGGGGGACCAUCGAACAGGAGAUGACAUCACCAUGGUGAUAUGCCCUGGUAUUGGUAACCACAGUGAGAAGCAUUACAUCCGAACCUUUGUGGAUUACGCCCAGAAGGACGGUUACCGCUGUGCUGUGCUGAACCACCUGGGAGCUCUUCCCAACAUCGAGCUUACCUCUCCACGCAUGUUUACCUACGGGUGCACAUGGGAGUUUGCAGCCAUGGUCGGCUACAUUAAGCGGACGUAUCCUCAGACCCAACUGAUGGUGGUGGGCUUCAGUCUAGGUGGAAACAUCGUAUGCAAGUUCCUGGGCGAGAACAGCCUGAACCAGGAGCGAGUGCUGUGUUGUGUCAGCGUUUGUCAGGGGUACAGCGCUCUCAGGGCACAGGAAACAUUCCUACAGUGGGACCAGUUCAGACGCUUCUAUAACUUUCUCAUGGCUGACAACAUGAAGAAAAUCAUCCUCUCACACAGGCACAGUCUGUUUGGGGGAAACCCAGUUAAAAUGAUAGAUCUAGAUCUUGGUCCGCUGUACACAGCGACAUCUCUCAUGCAGAUCGACGACAACAUCAUGAGAAAAUUCCACGGCCACAGCUCUCUCAAAGAGUACUAUGAGAAGGAGAGCUGUGUACAUUAUAUUCACAAUGUAAACGUGCCACUGCUGCUAGUGAACUCUGCAGAUGACCCUCUGGUUCACGAAUCACUGCUCACCAUCCCUCGCACACUAGCAGCAAAGAAGCCGAAUGUGAUCUUUUCCCUGACGCUACACGGAGGCCACCUGGGCUUCUUCGAGGGCGCAGUGCUAUUCCCCCAGCCCCUCACCUGGAUGGACAAAGUGAUUGUGGGCUACGCCAACGCCAUGUGCCAGUGGGAGAAACAAAAGCCGCCGUGCCAAAGUGGCCACCUGAGUGAGAGCUCCUGCGCAGAGGAAAAAGCGUAAACCUCUGACCGUUUUCUCUCUCGCACUCUCUCUCUCUCUCCCCCUACCUUCUCACCCUCUCCAACACCAAUGCCCCAGCACUGAGGAGACGCCUAAACUAAACCUUAAACUGCUCUCUCUUCUCUGCCUUCUCCUCUGGUGCUACUCACCGCUCCCGACCCACAUCCCGGUCAAACAUGUCUCCCCUUUGUAAUCGCAAUCACCUUACGUUAUGUAAAGGAACAAAAAACAACUGCCUUUGUGCUCUUUUUUUUUCCGUUGCGAAGACUUUGAAUUCAGAGCAGGAACAUUUUGUUUCUCUUCAUGUACUCAACAACGAUCCUUGGCUAAUGGAGGCAUUGACUAAAUAUGAGGAGAGAUGAAGUCAAACUGGCAUUAAAAAGUAAAAUGAGAGCACCACUCUAGAGUAGUCCAGUGAAAAACAAGAGCACAUGAGAAGCCUCCUAUUACAGUAAUCAAGGACUGUGCUGCAGUCGGUGCCCAUUUACCGCACCUGUAAGAAGCUCACUGCUUAUCACCGCCAAGGCCAUAUAGCCUAGUCUGCUGUCUUAACCAACACAGCAUCUUUGUAGUAUGUAUGUAUGUAUGUAUGUAUGUUUGUUUGUAUGUAUUUAACACCGAUGUGGUGUGUAUGUCUGUGUGUGCCUGUGUAGACCGAGAGUUAAAGACCCGUGACAGAGCAUGUGGUCUUUUGUGUUUGGUAGGUGUGAUCCAAAUUCUCUGUUCGUGUUGGUAGAAAAUGUACAGUAGAAAAUGCAAGUAUAAUGGUGGGAUUCAACACAUUAUUUCCAGCUCAUAACAUCCUCUUGACACUUGUUUUUGGCACUUGAAUUGAAAGUGUUCAGUGCUUACCAGACGUGACCAGGGAUUAACCCCAGAGGGGAUCCGUGCACAUUCCCACGGUCGCAUUUUAUCACUUUGAUUCAAUGCACUUUAUGACACAAUUCUUUUUUUUUUUUUUUCUGAAUUUUUUUUUUUUUUUCACCCUCAUUAGUCAAAGCGCAGUUAUGGAGAUUAUUCAUGGUUUAGCUCUCCUUGUGAAUGAGAGGAAGAACUGAAAAGAGCGAUGAUGAUAACGAAAAGUUAGAUGACUCAUAUGUUCCCUGUGUUGUCUGUUGUCUUUGAGCCCUCUUACUCUUUCUUCUGCCUUUGAACAGCUGCAGGUCCAGCCAAGGCUGAUAUCCUUCUCUUACUACACAGACGCUAGCACUCCACCCUCUAAACACUUGACUUGGUUCAAACAUGUUGGUACACUUUUGUGUUUUCCGGCAGAUGAUUCUGUGGUGUCCUCUAAUUUGCCUAGGGAAAGUUCAGCAGAUAUUCUCCUGUAAUCUAAGCUGUGAGGUGUGAUGAGUAAGGAGAGCUGAGGGAUAACAAUGCUAAACCAAAUGUUUAUAGAGGAUUGUUUGUACUUUGAGUAAUCAUACUGGUGAUUGUUAUACUGUAUAAUUAGAUGGAGAACACUGCAUGCAAGAAAUAAGCAAUAUUUUAAUUCAAGGGAAUAUUUGUGUUGCAAAUACUGCAUUGAUAGCUUAUUUUCUUGACUGAGCUGAGCGUUGGAAUCUAUCUGAAAUGUGUCUUGAUGAAGUUAUACUGCAAUAAUGGGACCUGUGGACUUUUCAAAACCUGAAUCUAAUUGAGAACUUGUUGCACACCUUGUAAGGGCUUAGGAAGCUUCUUCCAAGGCAAAGUCCAGCCAAGUAAUCUUAACACUGUGAUGAGACAGAUGGAUGGUUUUAGAUGACAAAGGGGUACGCAGUGAUUGACAACAGCACAUUUUGUUUAGGUUGUUUGUGUUUUAAAAGAUCUGGGUUUGAUAGUAUUUGCAAGUAGUAGCAUUUGUUGCAGGAAGUUUGGCAGGUCAGGACCAUUUAUAUUUAUCUUUGUGUCUGUUAGUCGCAACAUUAUGACAUAUAAUUAUCCUGAGCAUUAAAGUUCAUUCUUCACCUGGGAAAUAUGGGUUAUAUAGUAGCCAGUCACCAACCACCACUAAUUAAAUCGGUCGUUUUUUGGCUCAAGGGCAAUUUCACGUCCACAGUUUAUGUAGAUUUGUUGGAUUUUGAGAUGUAAUUGGCUUAAAUUUAACCUCCUUUUUAUUGGAGUUUUUUUUUUAGUGCAAAUACUGUGUAAUCUAGGUUUCUCGCCAAUGCUGGCUUGGCUAAUAGGGAUUCACCGAUCCAACUUUAUCCCUCUUAACUCAGGGUAUCUGCCAAUACCAUGCACCGAUCUAAGACCAGUGCUCUCUUUUUUCCCCACAUUGCAAAUCUGUACACCUCACAGAGUGGAACUCGAUCAUUUUGAUGCACUGUGGAGAGCAGGGAUUGUCAUGGCAGUAGGUCAGCAACCCGCCAUGACUUAAUUACUGAAACUGAAAGUAGGAACGCUACAUUUUAUAAUGACAUUGACAAUGAAACUGUAUUUAACAUGGAUCAGUGACAUCGUGGCAGAUCGGGUCGGUGAAUCCCCAAAUGCACCUUCUUUUUUGCCUCAAAAUAUAUGUCCUCCUCCAUUGUUCAAAACACAAAUCACUGUUCACUGCUGCCAUCUGUCGUCAGGGAGACCAAACUACAAGUGCAUCCUCUUAUUCAUCUGCACUGAGAUUAUAUUCAUGGUUCACUCUGUCCACAGAGCUCAUUUCAACCAAAUCAGCUGUGGUUUAGUUUAUUCUGGGUCGUAAAACAAAGUUCUGAUGAAUAUUCAUGACACCAGCACAAACCCAGUUUCUGCAGUGAGCGCCAUUUAUGUUCGUUUUAAGAUUUUUGCCUCCCCCAACUUUGCACAAAAAUGCAGGUUUGGAUGUAUUAUUUGGAUGUAUUUUUUUCUAGUCAAUUAUUUAGGGUAUUUUGUAUGACUUCUUGUGUUUUAUUUUCUUGUGCAAAUGCAUCAGAGCGUGAGCGUCAAUGAGUAAGAUGAAUACUGUCGUCACCUCUGAUUGACAAAUACCAAAACGUCUUCACUUUAACAAUGAAAAACCUAAAGA